GCCUCUACAGAGGAAACAAUGAGUUCAACACAACAGGACCAACAUGGAGCGAGAAGUCAGCGCGCAGAAAAAAAAUACACCUGUGAUCAGUGUGGGACGGAUUUUACUAGGAAGGAUUCAUUGAAAAGACAUCAAGUGAUCCACACUGGAGAGAAGCCGUACAGCUGUGACUUGUGUGGAAAGUCUUUUACCCUGGCUGGAAGCUUAAAAACACACCAACUCAUCCACAGUGGAGAGAAGCCGUACAGCUGUGAUCAGUGUGGCAGAGCUUUCACUCACAGUGGCCACUUAAAGAAGCAUCAUGUUACCCACUCUGGAAUUAAGGCAUACAGCUGUGACUAUUGUGGAAAAACUUUCAGUCUGCUAGGGAACAGAAAUAUACACCUACGCAUUCACACUGGACAUGAUGUGUACUGCUGUGAUCAGUGUGGGAAAAAGUUUCGAACAGACCAACAAUUACGAUACCACAUGUUUACCCACACUGAGGAGAGACCUCAUAAAUGUGACCUGUGUGAUAAGACUUUUAAACUUCCACAUCACCUGAGAGCACACCAACAGAUCCACAGCAGAGAGAGACUCUACAAGUGCAGUUACUGUGAGAAGUGAUCCUUACAGAUCAAUCAGAGGCUGCACAGUACAGCCCUGCUGACACGGCAGAGGAACCACAUGGAAACAUGAUCUUUAAAUCCAUGUUUAAUGUUACACUUGAGGAUUGUUUGCUGUCCAUCACUGUGGCUGUUCUUCCCCCCUUACACAGCACAUUCAAGCUGCACGCUGCAAACACAAAGAUCCUCCUCUGUAGUUGUUGUUGUCUUCACAGCAGCACACACAGCAGAGCACAUUCAGAAGAAGUGGAGGAAGAAAUGUUUGAAGGCGUGAACUGAAAGGCUGUUUUUCUUGUUAUCAUGAGACAUUUGGAGGGACGGUUGCUGCCACUCAGUUUCUGGUUGUGCUUCAGUGAAGCUCGGUCUGAGAAGCUGCUGUUGGUGUUUAACACAAAGAGAAAAGCUCACUUCUUUGAACUG